UAUUAUAUUAAUGGCAGGAGAAUUUCUCGGGUGGGACUUGAUACAUUUGGAGCAUCGAGUAGGACGGUUUGAAAGGCGUAUAGACAGGCAAAAUUGGCGAGAGCUACACGAUCCGUUUGAUCUUCACGAAACAGAAUUUAUAAAAUUAUACAGAGUUACUCCAGAAAUAGUUAUGGAAGUAACAGAUGCUUUAAGAGAAAGAUUAGAAUAUAGACGCGUGGAUGCUCUGAUUCCUGAACUUCAGGUAUUAACUGCCCUGAGGUUCUACGCCGUUGGUUGUUAUCAGGGUUCGAUCGCAGAGCAGUGGGAUAUUGCUAUUAGUCAACCGUCUGUCAGCCGUUGUUUAAGAAGAGUAACUGACGCAAUAAACGCGAUAUUGCUGCGUCGAUGGGUGAAAUUUCCCAUGACGGAUGUUGAUCGUCACAGAGCUCGCGAGAAAUUUGCAGAUGCACCUCAACCCUUUAUAGGUGCAAUUGGGGCUAUCGAUUGCACUUACAUCAAUAUAAAAGGACCAAUCGUACACGAAGAGGCUUAUGUGAAUCAUUGGGGUGAUCACACACUCAAUGUUCAAGUAAUUGGUGAUCCUGAUUUAAAGAUCCUUAAUGUGAAUGCACGAUUUCCUGGUGCACGACAUGACGCGUAUAUAUGGUCUAAUUCACCUGUACGUCGUGUCAUGCAAAGAAAGUUUGACAAUGGCGAACGAAAUACUUGGUUGAUUGGUGACGAUGGAUACACGUUAGAGCCUUGGUUAAUGACUCCUCUUAAACAUGAAGUACCCAAUACGCCAAGGUUCCGUUACAAUGAUGACCUAUGCAGUGCUAGAUCCUGCGUGGAGCGUUUAUUUGGCGUGUGGAAGGCGGUGUUUAGAUGUCUAUCAGCUCAAAGACGGCUCAUGUACGAACCAGGCGUAGCUGGAAGGAUCGUAAAUGCAUGUGCUGUAUUGCAAAAUAUGCGGAUUGCGCAUCGCGUGCAGGAUGUCGAUUUUGACGACAUAGAUGUGGAAAACUUUCAUCAUAACAAUAGACGGAAUAUUGCUGUAGAAGAGGAUGACAGAGGCCAAGCAUAUCAAGGACGGGCACUUGCACUUCGCAUACAAGAGCGUUUUAUCGCUCGUCAAUACGGUAUAAUGUAA